AAAUAAUAAGAUUUAUUUUAUGGUGUUUGCGUUGGUUAUAUUAAAUCUUAUGACUAAAUUUAUUUAAAUUGAAUCUUUUUUUUUAAUAGUUUAGAGAACCCACAAUGGGAAAUAAUUAAAUUUUUUAGUCAAUAUAAUUGUCAUGAGAUCUUAGAAUAUAUAUACUUGCACACAAAUGCGCGUGCUUUGAUUAGUCGACUGCGUUUAACCAUUCUAGGUUGACGUUACAGAGCUUUAACGAGAAUGGCUCUUCUUAAAAAUUGUAUGACAUUAAGAGGUUUAUUAGUACCAAGAAACAAAUUUACAUUAUUUAUAAAAGCUAAUUAUAGCGAGGAAACAAGGACAGACUUUAGCUUAUGGAGAGCCAAAAAGGAAAUACCACAAACGGAAGAAGAAAUAAAAGCGGCAGCUAAAAAAUAUGAUUUACAUCCACGGGAAUACAAAACCUACGAAGAUGAUGGAUUUGGAUACGGCGAUUAUCCAAAACUACCAUUUGUUAGUCCCGAAACAAAAGAUCCAUAUUAUCCCUAUGAUUUUCCUGAAUUCAGAAGAAAUCUUCAUGAACCGGUACACAUCGAAGCAAAUAUAAUAGGAGAAGACCGUUAUUCAGCUGGAGUUCGACAGCCAAUGUCACCUGUAGGUGCAUCAUUAAUGUUCUUUAGUACGGUAGCAAUCCUUGGCGGAUUGUUUUACUUGUUUUCAUUUUACCCAUGGUUCCAACCUAUAAUGGAAAAGCAAUACUCUAAACCUGGUGUAACUCAUUAUACUUUUGAGCCGGUUAAAACUAGUUAAUUAUAAAUUAUGAAAUGUUACAAUGCUUUGUAGUCAUUAACCAUGUAUGUAUAAAAAAAUAUAUUUAUGAAAUCCAUCAUUUAUAUUUAAAUUUAUUAAUAUUUUGUUAAAAAUUAUAUUUCAUUUAUAUACAGAGAAAUGCAAAAUUUUAUUUAUAUUCAAUAUAAAUUUGUCAAA